CACAAAUGCUGCCAUUUAUUGCCAGCAACUUGUGGCUUGCCAAACACAUUUGCUAAACAUUUCGGUGAAACCCUGAUGAAGGAAAAGGAAGUUCAAGAAAAAUCUGAAGAACGCCUUAAGAUUGUUGAUUCUGAGAUCUCCAAAGGAGGAUGGGUUAAAUUGCCGCAAAGAAAUAAUUCUAAUUGGGAACGAAAAUAUAUUCAACUUGUGGGAAGUGACAUUCAUGUUUAUGCAAAUGAACCGUCCGGAAAAUCAGAACCAGCUACUACCAUACAACUCAGACAAGAUAAUAGCUGCACUGUUGUCACUCCCGAGGUUUCUGAAACCGACGUUAACAAUACCGCGCGAAGCGAUUUGCCGUUUAUUAUCAAAAUUGAAUUGAUACCUACAACAACAUGCUGGCCAGCUACUACCCAUUUAAUUAUGGCUUUGUCUCCUGAAGAAAAAUCACAAUGGCUCUCGGCUUUACAAUCCUGUCUAGGAGAUGCUUGCGUCGCUAGGAAAUAUACUGGAUCAAAAUACAUUCAAUUCAAAGAUUACAAAAUGGUCUUAGAUGUUAACUGUGCAAUUGAAGUAAAUGGAAAUGGCAUUUUAAUAGGUGCUGAAGAAGGAUUAUAUUCUUAUCAAAUGGGAAAUAAACCAGUAAAUAUUACUGGUGUUGUGAAGGUGUAUCAGAUAGCAUUUGUUAGAAGCAUCAAUAUGGCUUUAUUAAUUUGUGGAGAAGAUAGGAAACUUGUUUCUGCAGAUUUGCGGCAUUUAGAAAGUUUGGCACAGAGAUCAGCUUGUGUUGAACCUCAUUUAGAUGUCUCUGAUAUUAAUUUUGCCAAUCAAGCUAAUGAAUGUUGCCAUUUGUUCCAAGCGUCUGAUCCUCCAAAAUCUAGCAAUGAAAGCUCUUUACUUUGUGCAGCAACACCAACACAUCUGCUUAUAUUUAAGUAUGAUAAAUUAUCAUCUGAAUAUGUAGCUGUCAAGAUUUUAGAUACAUCUGAACCAAUAUCUAGUGUCUUGUUUACUGAAAAUACGAUUAUGGUUUGUGCUCAUAAGUUCUUUGAGAUUAACACAGAUGAUUACACAGCUGAAGAAUUUUUGGAUUCCACUGAUACAACAUUGAGCCAUGUUAUUUUUGCACACAAACGAAAAUCUUUCCCAAUAACUGUUUUAGCUAUAUCUUCUGAUGAAUACUUGUUAUGCUUUAAUGAGUUUGGUGUUUUUGUUGAUGAUGUUGGCCGAAGAUCAAGAUCUCAAGAUAUCUUAUGGAGUCAUAUACCUAUAUCAUUCACUUAUCGUAAGCCUUAUUUAUUCAUAGUACACUACAGCACAGUUGAGGUCAUCAGAAUUAGUAAUGAAUCUUUCAAUGCUCCACCAGAUGCAGAAGAUUAUCACAAUUAUCCUCCCCAAGUUUUUAUUGAAUUAAAAAAUCCGAGAUAUUUAGGAAAUUCCAGUUCCAAAGGAUCCAUUUAUGCUCUCAAUGCUUUAAAUACUGGUCCAGAAAUAGUGAAAUUAGAAGGAGGACUUAUAAUUAGAAAUGAUUACACCUUUGACACUAUAGAUGGUAGUUCAGAUGUAGGAAGUGUCGCCGAUUCAAACAAUCUCGUUGAACCUAUUUAUGCUCAAAUUAAUCCAAAAACCAAAGGCCAUGUGAGAAGAAAAUCUGAAGGCAAGCCAAUCACAAAUGUUUCUAAAACAAAUAGAAAUAGUGGCAUUAAUAUGGAUUGUGAAGAACAAUCAGAUGAUAGCUAUGAUAGUAGCAUAGGGAGGGAGUUGGAUGCAUUAAAUGCAGAACAAUACUCAAGUCAGGAAUCUAUAACUACUGCAGAAGCUGGAGAAUCUGACAAAAAAGUGAGGUUUGUAAAGAAGCAAACUGAGCUUUGAGAUGUUUUUGUGAUUUUAAAAUAUGACAAACUUUAUAUAGUUCGUUCAGCUUUUAUCAAGUUUAGUGUAAGAAUUAAUUAACAUAGAGGAUCUGUUAUUUUUAGAUCUGUCUUAUGAAUUGUGCUAAUUAAUAUAUAAUUUUGUAUU